GUGACCAGAUUCUUGCUGCUGCGCAAAAACACAAUUAUUCUCUUCUUUUUUUAAUUUUUUUCUUUUUUUUUUUCUUUACUAAUUAUUUUGUGUUAAUUAUUUUUAUAAAUUGGAACGGAGGAAGACCAAAGAUUGUGUGGCCUCUGUUCAGUACAAAGCGGCUCGUUUAUCUUGCGCCGUGCUUGGGGUUUUCGCGAGCGUGAGCUUUAGCGACAGCGAGAAAGCCAUGGCCGAAGAGGGUGUUUCUGGGUCCACGGAUUCUCCCGUGAAGAGGCCGAGAGAAGAAGAGGAACCUACUAAUGGAGUCUCUGCUUCCACUCUGUCCUCCAUCGAGCUGGAGGGGAAAAAGGAGCAGCCUGAUUGUAUAUCCUCUGUGAUUCCUGGGUGGUUCUCUGAGAUUAGCCCAAUGUGGCCUGGUGAGGCACACUCCUUGAAGGUUGAGAAGGUCUUAUUUCAAGGAAAAUCUGAAUAUCAGAAUGUCAUGGUCUUUCAGUCAUCAACAUAUGGCAAGGUUCUUGUUCUGGAUGGGGUGAUUCAGCUCACUGAAAGGGAUGAAUGUGCAUAUCAAGAAAUGAUCACUCACCUUCCACUGUGCUCAAUCCCAAACCCAAAGAAGGUUAUUGUUAUUGGUGGAGGAGAUGGUGGGGUCCUGCGGGAAGUGUCUCGCCAUUCAUCUGUUGAGCAUAUUGAUAUUUGUGAAAUCGAUAAGAUGGUAGUUGAUGUUUCUAAACAGUAUUUCCCUGAGGUAGCAGUUGGGUACGAGGAUCCCCGAGUGAAUCUUCAUAUUGGUGAUGGAGUUGCAUUUUUGAAGGCUGCUCCUGAAGGAACUUAUGAUGCGAUUAUAGUGGAUUCUUCUGACCCCAUAGGUCCUGCACAAGAGCUUUUUGAGAAGCCCUUUUUUGAAUCAGUAGCGAAGGCUCUUCGGCCUGGGGGAGUUGUGUGUACUCAGGCAGAAAGUAUAUGGCUUCACAUGCACAUAAUUGAGGACAUUGUGACAAACUGUCGUCAGAUAUUUAAAGGCUCUGUCAACUAUGCAUGGACUACGGUGCCAACAUACCCAAGUGGGGUGAUUGGUUUUAUGCUGUGUUCUACCGAGGGGCCCCCUGUUGACUUCAAGCACCCAGUCAAUUCGAUAGAUGCGAAUGACAGCCAUAACAAAUCCAAAGGACCCUUGAAAUUUUACAACCCAGAGAUUCAUACAGCGGCUUUCUGUUUGCCAUCUUUUGCGAAGAAGGUGAUUGAAAGGAAAUCAAAUUGAAGAAACUUUCAAGAAUUCAUAGCACAAGUGGCUGCUGUUGUGGAGUGCCGUUGAUUGGCUUCACAACAAUGGUUCAUCUUGCAGUGAACCGUGGAAUAAGUUGUUUAAAUUGAGUGUCGGGAAGAGAGUUGUAGUAUUUUGGAUGGUUUCAGCGAUUAUUCUCAUUCCUCAUUAAUUAGUCGCCUCUGUUUCUUGAGGUGUGAUUAUUAUA